AUGCUGAUUGUGGACAUGCUAACGCUGGCCUUAACGAACGGACAGAGCGUGCUGGAACGGGACAGGGAGCGGCAGCGGGAGCGGGAGCAAUCGUUGAAAAUUGUUGAAAAUCUUGUGCAAAUUGAAGAUUGUAAAAUUAACAAAGAUAUUGGCCAAAGCGAGCAGCAGCAGUUGCUACAGCAGCCGCAGCAGCAGCAGCAGAAAGAAUUUUUUUUUACUACCAAUAAGAACGACGCGAGCAGCGCAGCUGGCGACGACGCUGACAGCGAGGCGCGACGUACAGAAAAAUUUGUGCAAAAAAUUUGUGAAAAUGAUUUAAGUGUCAAUUUUUUUAACAAUUCGAGUGAAAAUGUGCAAAGCGACAUAGCGACAACAGCAGCAGCAACAACAACAACAACAAAAGAGUCUAGUGAUAGUGACGAGCAAUCAUUGUUGUUGUUGUCGGUGGAGGAGGAGCAGCAGCAGCAGCAGCAGCAGCACCAUCACCACCACCAGGAGGAGGUGCCAUUGUCAUUGCCAUAUUUGAAGCUAGACAACCGAUGGCAGCAGCAAUUGCCAGCGUCGAAUGUUGCUGCUGGCCCUGUGCACGCGACUGACGGCAAACGUAACGAGCAAUGCUCUAAUCAAACAGAACUAUCGAAGCACACUAAACAGCUCGACGAUAGCAAUGAUCUAGGGGAUAAGCAGGAGGCGACAAUAGCAACGAGCAGCGCAACAAGCAGCUGCAACGAUAAGGAUCUAAUUGAUUUCGGUGACGAUUUGACGGAGGAUUUUGUGGCCAGCCAAAGGCUCAAGCGCUUACAGCAUAAUUUUCAGGGACGCGUUAACAGCAGCACCACCAGCAGCAGCACCAGCAGCAGCAGCACAGCCAGCAACAACAGCUGUAGUGAGGCUGUUGUAGUUGAUGAUUGUGUAAAGGCAUCCUUGAGACAGCAACAGCAACAGCAACAGCAACAGCAACUAAUACAACUAAAUGCCAGCACAGCGACAAUAAGCACAACAAAGAAACUACCCCCACAGCCAGCACUAGCAGCAGCAGCAGGAGGUGGAGGAGGAGUAGCAACACCCAAAGGCAACAGCAGCGCUUUGCAGGACAAUAAAAUAGUUGAAAGCGCGCUAUUGGCCGUGGCCUCAGACUCAAGUGCAAUACAAUUAAAUCGAAAUUGUAUACAAGACAUUGCUAAUGAACAAAUUGCCAAAGCAAAUAGCAGACAACAGCAGCAGGAGCAGGAGCAGCAGGAGCAGGAGGAGCAGCAGCAAUUGCUGAAUACGCAGCAAGAAAUUGCAGAGCGCGUGCGCUGUGAGAGUUUGGCUGAUAGCAGCAGCAGCAGCAGCAGCGAGAGUAGCAGCCAGGUGCUGAUUGAAAUUGAGACGCCAGCAACAACAACAACAGCAGCAGCAACAACAGCAACAACAACAGCAGCAACAACAACAGCAGCAGCAGCAAUAACAACAACAAUACGCAGCGCCUUUGUGCCCACAGUUAAUGACAAUAGCAACAGCAACAACAACAACAACAAUAGUUACAGCUACAACAACAACAGCAACAACAAUUGCAGCACAUCGAGUGGCAAUUUUGUGGCGUCACUUAGCGAAUUCGAUGUGCAACGCUUUGGCGACUAUUUGAAGGCAGCGAGACAAUUGCAAUUGCUCGACAUCAGAGCGAGCUCCGGAGCGCCGAGUGAGCCGCUGUCCGAGUGCAGCAAGCAGCGACGCGGCUAUCAGUGUUACGACGAGUUGCUCGCUGAAUUUGUUAGCGAGCAGCAGCAACAGCAGCAGCAACAGCAGCAACAGCAGCAGCAGCAAGAGCGAGUUGGCAUUAGCGAGAGUGAGAGUGAGAGCGGGAGCGAGAGCGAGAGCGAAAGCGUGUGCCAAUGCAAUGAGUGCCUAACAGUUCUAGCAGCAACUUAUACAACAGCAGCAGCGAGUGCAAUCGUUAACAAUACAUCAACAACAGCAGCAGCAAUAGCAGCAGCAGCAGCAGCAGCAGCAACAGCAACAACAAUUGAUACGACAGCAACAAUUGCCGCAGGGAACGUGCUCAAGAUGCGCGAAAUGAAUGGGCAGCUGCGCGGUCUGCUCAAGAAACCAAAUCGUCCGCCGCCGGUGCGUAAAAAUCGCGUCGUCUUCGAUGAGACACGCAACGAAUUCUUCGAGGCGGACUAUAUCAUAUUGAUACGGGAGGAUUGUGCCUACGAUGAGGAGGACGAGGAGCCGUGCACCUGCGGCGAGCAUGAGCUGGUGCGGCUAUGCUGUGAGGAGGGCUGCCAGUGCAAUUAUGCGGUGAGUGCUGCUGAUGCGGCCGAUGGACGAACGCCACAGAGCCCCAAAUUCCAGCCGCCCAUCGACUUUGUGGACGAUGCGGCGCUCAGUCCACCGGAUGGCUACAAGGACAACAGCUUGAAGAAUACGCUGGGCGGUGCGCUCAGUGGCCACAUCUUUGGGGCGCAGCAUCUGCAACAGUUGCAGGUGAUACAGCGUCUGCAGCAGCAGCGUGCCGCAAUGUUGGCGGCGCGCAACGGCAAUGGCAACAAUCAAGUGCCGCCACCGCCGCCGCCUGUGGGCAGCGCUCAGCAACAGCAACAGCAACAACAGCAACAGCAGCAGCAACAGCAGCAGCAACAACAGCAGCAGCAGCAACAGCAACAACAGCAUCAUGCCACAUCCCAGCAGCAGCAGCAGCAGCAGGCCGAUGAGGACCUGCAGGGCGUUUGCACUGAGUGCGCCGAGUGUGCCGAAUGCGCCGCAAAGCAGCUACAGGAUGCAGAAUGCAGCGCCGCCCAAUGCAACGAGGAGCUGACGCCCAUUGGCGUGCCAGCCGUGGCACUGCUGCCAUUGCACACCAGCUCACCAGAGCGUCGCAUCACGCAGAAGGAGAUCAUCGCCGGCGAGGAGCGUCCCAAAUAUGUGCUUCAAUCCCAAUACAAGCCCGCAGCGGCAGCAGCAGUCAAAAUUAGAAAGGAUUCGGGCAGUAGCAGCAAGCCCGCCGCAAGCUCUAGUCCCGGUUCCGUUUCCGUAACCGGUUCCGGGUACGGCACCAGCCUGGUGCCAGCAGCGGGCAGUAGCACAGCCAAGAAAAAAAGAUUUGUUGUUGAAACUAUUACCACUAUGACCACAGUGACCGAGCGACGCAUCAUACGCGAAGCGCCCGAGGAUCUGGCUGCAGCCAACUCAACUGGCACAGGAGCUGGCUCCACGCCAGCGGCGGACUUGCUGCCACCGGCGCUGCCGGCCAAGGCAAGCGCCACAGCAGCUGCAGCAGCGGCGGCGGCGGCGGCAGCGGCAGCAGCCACUGCUGCUGCUGGCUCCGCAGCUGGCUCCGAGCAAUACGAUGAGGAGAAACCGCCGCCCAUACCGCCCAAGGAGCUAACAACGACCACACAGAUCAGCGGUAUAUUGAAGGGCGGCAAGCUCUGGAAGCAGGACUCCAUUUCGCAGCAAUCGGAUGACCAAAAUAACACCACCUCAGAGGAUGAGAGCGGCGCUACGAAGCGCUCGGUGCGUUUCGUGACCGAGGAUCAGGCGAACGCCGGCACCGAUGGCGAUGGUCAGUCGCUGUGCGGCGAGCUGGAUGACAGCGAGAACCAGAUCAACGAGCUGAUACCCAUUAAGAAGCACUCGACACUGUUCAAUAAUGCGUUGCGUCCGAAUUCGGCGGUGCGCCAACUGUUUCCCAGCGUCUCGGCCCAACAGGCGCCGGUGCUCACCUCGGAGGCAUUGCGCGCCUUCGAUGAGUCGAAACGUGCCGGCUGCCUAGUGACCCAUUUGCCCGGCAGCUGCGGCGACUCGGACACCUUGCGGCGCAGCAUGGAGCGCAACAUACUCCGGCGCUCCCUGAUCAAGAAAAAGGCCGUCAAGUCGGACAUUUCGCUGGAGGAGCGCAUAAAGCAGCUGACCUGCGACAUUGAUGAGGAUCUGGUCGAGGAGUUGUCGCGCGGCGUUGCCGAUGCUGAGCAGGAUCAGGAUUUGGCCAGCGAUCGCGACUGCUCGGAGCUGGCGCAGCGCGACAGUCCCGCCGGCGAGGAGAACCCCAACACGCUUGCGCCCAAAUUCAUGAACGGCGAGAAGAGCUUCUCGCCCAGCAGCUCCGUCUCCAGCUCGUCCAGCGGCUCGUCGGCGUACAAGAAAAUCGCCGACAUCUUCAGUCGCGACAAGAAGCAGGAGAAGAUAAUGGAGCUGGAGGAGAAUCCUAUUGUUAUCAUACCACAGGAAUGCCGCUGCCCGGCUGCACCAGACCUGGGCAUGGGCAUCCAGGUGCCAGUGGUGCACACACAAAUCCAUCGAACGCCGCCGCGCCAAAACGAGCCGAAGCGUCAAUUCUUAUCGACACUGGCGCCGCUGACUGCCUGCGUGGCCGGCAACAAGGACGAUCUGUCCUCCUACUACACGCUGGCCGCAGCGGCGGCUGCCCAUCAGCAUGGCCACUCGGCGCAUGCGCAUGCCCACUAUGCGGCCGCUGCGGCCGCAGCUGACUACAACAUGAGCCAGCUGCUGGGAGCGGCGGCGGCAGCGGGCGUCGGCGAUGCAGCAGCACAGCAGGCGGCAGCUGCUGCGAUGGCCGCACAGGGCUUGGCCAUGGGCGGUGGAGCAGGCGGCGGCGGAGCUGGCGCAGGAGCUGCUGGUGCGGGCGGCGGAGCUGCUGGCGGUGGGGAUGAGGCACGCAAGGUGGCGCCGGAUGUAAUUGCUGGCACACCCGGCCAGGAGACAACACAGCAGGACGAACUGGCCGCCUUUGCCCAGGCGGAGGCCAAGCGCACGGAGCAGCUAAAGAAACGCUAUACGGGCGUGGAGAGCGCAUCGCAGUCGCAGUCGCAGGCGAGCAGCGACGACGAUGAGCAGAACGAUUAUGGCUUCAACAAGCGGCCCUCGGUGCGCGGCAUCAAGCCCAAGUUCAGCUCCACCAACGAGAUUCUCGCCCAGAUGCAGGAGCAGCUCACUCAACAGAUACCCACAACGGUGAUCAGUAGCCAGCCGGUGCCGCAGGCCAUCAAGGGCUACGCCAUGCCCAAUCAGCCCAAGCAGAAUCCCUCGCCGCAGAAUGUGCCACAGCAGCAACAGCAGCAGCAGCAACAGCAACAACAGCAGCAGCAGCAACAGCAGCAACAGCAGCAGCAGCAACAACUGCAGCAACAAAUGGCCGCUGCGCUGCAGGCGAACACCAUAGCGCAGCAGAAGACGGAGCAGCGCACCUGGAGCUUCUACAGCGAGAGCGGAGAGCAGCAACGAUUUCCGGUGGACGCGGCGGCAGCGGCUGCCAUACAGCAGACCUACUAUCAGACGCUGCCGGCUGGAGCCAUGUUCCGGCAGACCAUGAUACAGCAGGGCGCCGCCGACGAUGCCUCGCUGCUGUAUGCGGCGGCGCAGAACUGCCAGAGCGUCACGGCGACGGCGACGGCAACGGCCAUCGAGCAGAGCAAGCACAGCAGCUACAGCAGCCACUUUGCGCGCAGCCCCACCAGACGGCCGGAGUCGCCGCCGCCGUUGCGUAACUAUCAUCAGACGAUGGUGCUGAUACCCUACAAUGCCGAGACCUAUUCCCAGUUUGCCACCAGCAGCAGUGUCGAUCCGAAGCUGGCGCACAUUCAGCGACAGAAUAUACUCGAGUAUCAGCAGGUAACACAGCAAACGAUUCGCGUGCCCAUUGGCUAUGCACUGCCCGGCAUGCAGUUGCAUGUGGUGAGUGGGCGUGGUCAUGCCGCCCACUACGCACAGCAUCCGCAACAGCAUCAGCACCAGCAGCAUCAACAGCAGCAGCAGCAGCAACAGCAACAGCAGCAGCAGCAGCAGCAACGUCUCAUGUCGCAGCAUUAUCAAUUCGCAGCAGAGGGCGGCAUGCCGGGCUUUAGCGAACGGGGCGUGCCCGAGGGAGCAGCAGCUGUGUCGCACAGCGAUUGCAGUGCCAUGGUCUCGCCGACAGGCGGAGUAGCUCAGCAGCAGCAACAACAGCAACAGCAGCAGCAGCAACAGCAGCAGCAGCAGCAGCAACAGCAGCAACAACAGCAGCAGCAGCAGCAGGGAUCCGUUUAUUAUGCGAUGAACGUAUGACCCGGGCUGGAAUAGUCGCUGCCAGCGGCGGUGAUUGUUGAGCGCCGCCAAUGUCAACGCGUCGAGCUGUCAGCGACUUCAGUGCACUUGGGCGGCGGCGGCGCUGGCCUGGGCUGAGCCGCGCCCACAGUUGAGAAGCAGUUGAAAUGAAGUACCAGGAGGGGCACUCGAAUCAAAAUGUGAACAUUGUUUUGCUUUUCUAGUUUUGGAAUCGUUGUUGUUGAACGCAUUGAUCCUAGCGAGCAUCACACUUGCUGUCUCACUCACUAGCUAUACCCCUCUCUCUCUCUCGCUCUCACUGUGUCUGUCUGUAUUGUGUCAAGUCGCUUGAGCAACACUGCACAUUUAGUAAGGCUAACAACACUAAACACUAGUAUUAGCAACGGCAAAGAAAAUACUCGAAAAAAAAAAUGAAUUGAAUUUAAAUAU